AGUCAUUGGCUCGGUGCGGUUUCCUUGGGGACGUGGCGGCGCCGCCGGCUUGGGCCCUCCUUCCGGCUGGGCUGUAGGCGGCGGAGAGAUUCUCUGCCUGGAAUCGAGCGGAGCACCCUGAGCCGGCGAGCCGCUGGAUCCCGCUGCAGGCUUGGGAGAUGCCUGGGACAACGAAGCCCCCUUCUCAGGGCAAAAGGAAAAGGAGGUGACACGCAUUGAGACCACUCAAGGGAACCCAUGGCUAGGAUCAGUUUUUCCUACCUCUGCCCAGCCUCCUGGUACUUCACGGUGCCCACAGUGAGCCCCUUUCUGCGCCAGCGCGUGGCAUUGCUAGGAUUCUCCUUCGUAUCCUGUCUCCUGCUACUUCUGUUGAUCAUGGACUUUCAACAUUGGGGUGCUUCAUUACCACGAGAUAGGCAAUAUGAAAGGUAUUUGGCCCGAGUUGGAGAACUUGAAGCUACUGACACUGAAGAUCCAAACCUGAGUUAUGGACUUGUUGUGGACUGUGGCAGCAGUGGCUCCCGGAUUUUUGUGUAUUUCUGGCCGAGACAUAAUGGGAACCCCCAUGACUUGCUGGACAUCAAACAAAUGAGAGACCGGAACAGCCAACCAGUGGUUAAAAAAAUCAAGCCAGGAAUCUCUGCCAUGGCUGACACCCCAGAACAUGCCAGUGAUUACCUGCGUCCUCUGCUGAGCUUUGCUGCUGCUCAUGUGCCAGUGAAGAAGCACAAGGAGACCCCCCUUUACAUCCUCUGCACAGCAGGCAUGCGGCUGCUCCCGGAGAGGAAGCAGUUGGCUAUCUUGGGUGACCUAGUGAGAGAUUUACCGCUGGAGUUUGACUUCCUCUUUUCUCAGUCUCAGGCAGAAGUGAUCUCUGGAAAGCAGGAAGGGGUUUAUGCAUGGAUUGGAAUAAAUUUUGUUUUGGGAAGAUUUGACCAUGAGGAUGAAUCAGAUGCAGAGACUUCCCAAGAGCUGGCAACAGGCCGCAGAAGGACAGUGGGAAUACUAGAUAUGGGAGGAGCCUCUCUCCAAAUUGCUUAUGAAGUUCCUACCUCAACCUCUGUCCUUGAUCCAAAGCAGGAAGAAGCUGCCAAGAACCUGCUGGCCGAAUUCAACCUGGGCUGUGACGUGCAACAUACUGAACACGUGUACAGGGUUUAUGUCACCACCUUCCUGGGUUUUGGAGGCAACUUUGCCCGGCAACGCUAUGAAGACCUUGUGCUGAACGAAACUCUUAACAAAAACAGAUUACUGGACCAGAAGACGGGUCUGAGCCCUGACAAUCCAUUUCUGGACCCCUGCCUGCCCGUGGGACUCACAGAUGUGGUGGAAAGGAAUGGCCACAUCCUGCAUAUUCGAGGAAAAGGAGACUGGGCAACUUGUGGGGCAAUGCUGAACCCUCUGCUGGCUCGCUCCAACACCAGUCAAGCCUCCCUGAAUGGCAUCUACCAGUCACCCAUUGACUUCAACAACAGCGAAUUCUAUGGUUUCUCUGAGUUUUUCUACUGUACAGAGGACGUGCUGCGCAUUGGUGGCCGCUACCACGGGCCGACAUUUGCCAAAGCCGCUCAGGAUUACUGUGGCAUGGCGUGGUCAGUUCUAACUCAGAGAUUCAAGGAUGGCCUCUUUUCCUCACAUGCAGAUGAGCAUCGUCUCAAAUACCAGUGUUUUAAGUCGGCAUGGAUGUACCAAGUCCUACAUGAAGGAUUCCACUUUCCUUAUGACUACUCAAACCUGCGCACAGCUCAACUAGUCUAUGACCGAGAGGUUCAGUGGACCCUGGGAGCCAUUCUUUACAAAACCCGAUUCUUACCACUCAGGGAUCUUCGGCAGGAAGGGGUCCGGCAAGCCCACGGUAGCUGGUUUCGUCUCUCAUUUGUCUACAACCACUAUCUCUUCUUCGCCUGUAUCCUGGUGGUGCUACUGGCCAUCAUCCUGUACCUUCUGCGGCUACGCCGGAUCCACCACCGACAAACUCGCACGUCAGCCCCAUUGGACUUGCUGUGGAUUGAAGAGGUGGUGCAGGUGGGGCCAUGAGGCUGGACCAGAACUAGACAAACUCAAGUACCCCCAGCCUUGCUUCUCCGUGACUUCCUCCACUUUUCUUGUAUUGGCCUCAGAUGCUGCUUUGCUUGACCUUGUGGAUAUUUUUCCAUGGAAUUUCUACUUCUAAUUCCUUCUCAGUUCCCAAGUCCUCUUCUCUGAGAGAAGCUGUGAUUUAGUCUGUGAGGAACUAGAUGAUGAGAGAUUGGUGCUAACAAAGGGGACCACAUGUGGGCCAAGGGAAAGCAUCUACUCCUCUGCGUGAGAGGGCUGGGUGUCCCAGGGUCUUCCCUCCCCUUGCUGAAGCAUGAAGUUUGGCAUUGGGCACUCCAGGGGCCUAGCUGAAACCAAACUUGGAGCAUCUGACACAAAGCUAUGGAGCAUGUGUAGUGGCUCCUUCUUUCUCUGUAGCAGAGAUACCAUUUAUGUGGAGAUCCACAGUCUUUCCUAGGGAACUAAGGUCUUGGCAAUUCAGUGGACCAAAUAGGAAUUUCCAGACAGCCAAUAUGACAUGGCUUCCUUGCUAAUUUGAGGGUGUGAUCUGAGAUCCCUGACGUAUUGUUGACUGAUGGUAGUAUCCAACUUUAAUAAGUUAGAACCCUUUCUAAAUGAAUGGUCCAUUGAAGGCUUUACGAUAUUAUCUGAUGCCUGGUAUGAUUAGGAUAGAAAAGUUCUGUGUCUAUAUGGCUCACAGGCUGUUUGGGCAUUAACUUUGUUUUUUGGUUUUUGGGUUGGUUGGUGGGUUUUUUUUUUUGUGUGUGUGUGUUUGUUUUGUUUUGAGCCUAAGUAUGCUGGUAGGAUAGAGAAACUGUGAUGGGGAUCAGGGACCUGGAUUUAUUUAGGAUAUAUAUCUAUAUGUAUAAUUAUUAUUUUGAGCCCCUGUAUAGAUAGAAUGCCUUCAUUUCAGUGCUAAGAUCAAUAUGUAAUUUGGAAAGGACUGUGUUUGAGUUUUCAAAGAAAGAAGGGAUAGUGUGAGCAGAGUGAGAAAAAGCAAUAAAAUCAAAGCUCUUGUUUAUGUUUGAGAAAUGGACAGCGUCUCGAUUUGGGACCCUUAGAAUGUCUGAAAGGGAGUAAAUUCUAAACUUUGCAAUAUAUGAGUCUGUUAAUAAGCCACCUGGAAACCUCCAGAACUUCUGUUAAGAACAACAGAUUGCUCGGUCACAAUCAGCACUUCCAUUAAGGAGAGAGGAAAAGCCAUAGCAAUCCUGUUUUUAUCCGCUACCUUGAGGAGCUUGCUUCUCCUCUGUGGUUAGCCUUUAAAUUGCACAAAAAUUUCUUUGCAUCAACUUCUUCCCUCAUGGAGUCUUUACUGUUUACCCUUUACAUACAUGGUUGUGAUUGUUCUGUCUACAAGUAAGCCUCCUUUUUGUCACCUUUGAUAAAUGAAUGAUUGAACAUAUCAUAUUAUAAAGAAAAAAAUAAGCAAACUCUUAAAAAAUAAAAAACAGAAGAAAAAUUAGGAUCCUUCUAGAAAUAAACUGUGCUGAAAAUAUACUGACCCUUGGUUGAUGGCUAAAAGAGUAUUGAGGCUAAAUUGUUUUCAGAUUGUAUAAACAUGGAUCUAGCAAGCAGCUUCCUUUGGAAGUAUCUCCUGCCUUUCACUAGGUCUUAGAUCCCAGAAAUUUCCUUUAACCUUUUAAGACCUUUGAAUUGUCUUGACUUCAUUUUACUUCUUGUCUUUGUGUCCCAUGACUGAGUCCUCAUCUGUGAAUGCUGCUCAGAAAUGAUGUCCACAUGCUUUUUCCGGCUAUUGCCUACUCAGGUAACCUUUUGUUUCCCCUUGUCUUGGUUUCCAAACACUAUUUCUAUUUUUUUUUAAUGGUAUCUCGUUGAUGACCUUACCAAAAGCUGUGUGAGUAGCUAACAGCAAUCGUAUUUGUUAUGAUACUGUAUCAGGGAUGUAAUGAUUAGUUCAAUUUGAAAGUUCUCAUUAGCAAAACUAUUUAUCCUGGUUGCGAUAAUAGUUACUAUUUGUUAAGCACUUAUUGUGUGUCAGACGCUCCGUUAAGAUUUAUACAUGUAUUAUUUAAUCACUAUGAUUAGCUUUCAAAUUGACAUUACCAUAUUCUUUUUAUAGUUGAAAAUUUUGGUAUACUUAUGUCUAGUAAUUUUUUAAUAUAAAUUUAUUUCUUAAUUUAUUUGAAUUAGUCUGAGGUAUUUUUAGUGUCCAUAUCCUGUUUAUAUUAUUAUUGUGGUCCUAGACCUGUCUUCAUUACUGUUGGUCUUCUCAGAAUCUUAUGGUAUAGAAGAUAAAGAACAGUCAUAACUGUCAGAACUGAGGCAUUGCUUCCUGUUUCUUCCAUGCUCCCAGUUAGUACAUUUUAAAUGAGCUGUUACUAGCCAGGAACAAAGCCAUUUAUUCCUUGCCGAGGGCCAAUCAUAAUCUUCAUAUUGCUUCCUUUUAUGAAAUAUUCCUGUCCAGGAGCACAAAUUAUCUUGCUAUACUCUUUACUGUCUUAGCUUAUAGAUUUAAAAAAAUUCUUUCAUCUUUUUUUACAUUUUGAGUGACUCUUCCGUGAAGAUUACUAUUUGGUGUUUGAAUCUUUACCAACCCUUCCUGAUAACAGCAACAAAAAAACCUGAACUGCUGUUAUUACAUCUGUUAUUACUGAGACAGGUCAAGAUCGGAAUCCAUGGUUGAUGCAUAACAACUAUCCCUUUCCCUUGAGUUCCUGUCGACAGAACACAAUGGAAAUAUGAGCGACUAAGGUGGCGUUAUGUUCUCUUUACAUUACCCUAAGCCAAAUUAUUCAUCUUUCUCUUUAUACCUUUGUUCCUUGAAUUUUCUUUGAAGAAUUCUGAUAAUUUUUGCUAACCUUAUAUUUAUUGUGUGAAGUUCACCCAAAUUAUUCCAUCCUUCCAUGUCCUCCUUUUAUCCCCAAGAACUGUGACAAUUGAAAUGUGUUUGACUGGCAGUCUGCUAUAUAGUUGCUAAGCUAAUCCGUUAGGCAUAAACAUUCCACAUCAAAAUAAAAAUAACUAAUACUUCCCAUGGUAUUAUCUAAACAGAUUCUCCCUUCCCCCAUUUACCUGGCUCAUGGUUUUUUUGUCUUGUUUUUUUGUCAAGGGUGAAAGACAAGUGGGAAUAUGGUUUGAGGUAAAAAACACUGGACCUGUUAUAGAGCAGGCUUGGAUUCUAUCCUGAUGCUGUCAUUUGGUAGCUUUGGUACCAAGGCAAGUCACUUGACCUCUCUGGUUCAGUUCCUACCUAUAAAAUGAGAAGACAUGAUAAGGAACAAGAAGGCAGGGGGACAAGAUAGAAUAGUCAUACAGGUGUGGGCAGAGGGUUUGAGCUUUUGAGUUAGAAGACCAGGCUGCACAAAAGAACCUCCUGUUUUUAAAAGUUUUAUUUGAAAGGCAGAAAGAAAAAUAAGGACCAAUUUUCUAUCUACUGAUUCAUUUCCCAAGUGUCCACUAUAGCUGGGACUGCCAAGCUAACGCCAGCUUUGGAACUCAGUCUAGUCUCCCACAUGGGCAGCAGGAAAACAAAUAUUUGAGCCAUUAUCUGCUGCCUCCCAGGAUGUGCAUCAGCAGGAAACUGGAAUCCAAAGUGGAGCUAGGACUUAAACCCACGUGCUCCAGUUUGGGAUGUGUCCUUCCCAAGUGGCGUUUAACCACACCUGCCCCAAGCCUAUUUUUUCACAGCCUGUGACGAUAUGUUUGACAGGAAUGACAUUUCUAUAGCAUUCUUAAAUGGCAAAUCCCCUUGGUUCUAUAUACGAAUAAACUGGGGGCCUAGCACAAUGUAUUUGGAAUAUUUGUACAGUUGUGAUAAAUGACUUCAUAGAGCCUAGGUUUUUCUUUAUUAUGGAACACAUACAUAUCCCAACUCCUCCCCCCCUUUUUUUAAUAAAGGUUAUUUUUUUUGAAAGGCAGAGUUACACAGAGAAAGAUCUUCCAACUAUUGGUCCAGUAGCUACAAUGAAAUGCUUGUUGACAGAAUCCUUAUAGCUGGCUGCAAUAAAGCACACCCAGUUUUCUAACUGCUUCUGAUACUCAUUUGUGAUUACUUUAUUCACAUUUACGAUUACGUUUUACAAGAAAUACUCUGAUUUUAACUUUUGAAGUCACUUAUUAAAUACUUAGUUUUAUAUAGUUUUCUUAACUAUAACAUCCAAGCAGUUUAUAUGCUGAGUAAAAUAUAAAUGAGGUUAGAAAUACCAAUUAGGUCCACCUCAUUAACUUCAUUCAUACUCUUGAAUGAUUUCCAGACUCCUUGAGAAAAACAGUAUUGUUUCUUUUUGCUGUUUUCUUGUUUGUUUUUUACUUUUUCAGAGUAAUUUAGAGUGGAUAUCUUAUUUUUUGCUGUCGUAUGUACUAUAACUUGGUUUCAAUUGGAAUUAAGAAUUCAGGUCUGGCAAUUCAAAUUGUAUGCUUCUGUCAUACUUGUGAUGAUUUUGUUGGUAUUACAAAAAUACUAAUUUUGAAAGAUGAAGACUGAAAAACAAAUGGCUCUUGGUUAACCAUAAAGAAUAGCAGACAUUCCUGCAAACAGUGAGUAUCAUUGGAGUUCUGUAUUCCAACUGCCUCUAGGAUUUCUCAAGCCUUGGAUCUGAGAUCUAAGCUUUAAAGUAUCCUGUUUGGUUAUCCUCCUGUCAACUGUUUCGGCAGGUGGCUUAUUGGAACUUCAUUUUUAAGACUGUUUUGUCUCUUUUUAAUGCUGGAUAGAAUUCCUGUAUAUUAUUGCCUAUUUCCCCCUUUCCCAAUCAUAUUAUUUUCACCUUUGCCAAUAGCACUGGUAGAGAAACAUGGAAAGAUUAAUUUUCUGGAAACCUGGGCAAUAGAAAUCCUUCUGUGUGUGACUGAUUACUCGUAUUAUAAGGGCUUUCACUUUUAUAUUAUAAUCACUUCCUGCUUGCUGUCUUUUAUAAAGACCAAAGUAGAAGACUGUUCUGUAUCAUAGGAGUUCAUAGCCAUGCAUGGACAGUGUCAGGCCAGCCUGAAGUCAUGUCUGCCUCUGCCUUUUAAGUGGGGCUGCCACCACUCUCAAGUCCACCUUGGUAGUAAUUCCCUAAAUUGCUCCUUCUACAGAGUACCUGCCAGUUUGGCUUGUCUUUUAGUAGGUUUAUAAUUUCUUCUCUGCAAACAUCACAGAUAAAUACUUUGUGUAGCAUUUCUGUGAUUAUGCUGUAUUUGGAAUUCUUGUUCCACAGUUCUCUUCAGCUAAAGCCCUAAACUGUAUGCUGUGUCUUCUCCAUUAUUUCUACUUGAGCCAUGGUCUCUGUAGUAGAUUAAUAAAUAAAAAGGCCUUUUUAUUGUGAUCCACAGGUAGGACCUCCACAGUUUAAAACCCAAAGGCUGCCUGAACUGCAUAGCUCUUGGGGGCUGUAAAAAUGUUUUUCUAAAGCUCCACAGUUUCAUAAGGAUAGUGCUGAGCAACCACUGCCAGUUUCACUGGUAAACAGGAAGUCAGCUUUCAGGAAAGGCAAUGCAUUCUCCCUUCAUGCAGGCACAAGGACGUCACCCAUGUGAUAUACAACCUACCAUUUGUCACCAAAUCCAGGACAGAUGUAGAUACGCUGGGCUACCCAAGGACACCUGACGCAAGGAUAUCACUGCUGGCGUUUACAACCGUCACUUUCAGCAGCUGCUAAUCAUUAUCCUUACUAACAGUGGACAGUAUUUGUCAGUGUCAUUUAAAGAUAAAAAUGCUAGGCUGACUAAAAAGCAAUUGAGAGAAUUGAUGAGACAUCUUUGGAGAAUUUACUUAAUCUGGUAGGUAUGUGAUGAUUUUGGAAAGGACUGUAAUCAUUUUUAAUUCAUACAUUCAUUGACUGAAUAUCUGGAAUGAUAUAACUAAGAUAAUCUCCACUCAGCAAGAGCUCAUAGAUAUACAAUAAUGUAUUUACAGAGCUAAAUGCAGCCACGUGUUUUUCCAGACUUACCAUCUGUAAUAAAAGAAAAAU